AUGUACCACCACGAAGAAAAUGCUGAAAAGCCGUCAUGGACUCGGAAGGUCAAGGAAAUCUUCAGCACCCAAGCUGCAAAAGCCACCAGUUUGGUUGUGCCAGUUGCAACUCGACCGAAAAGUGCAAUGUCAAAAGCUACAACGAUGGUGUCGAGUAAUGGCUCGAUUAUGACGAUCAGCGUGAAAACAAAAACUAGGAUCUGGGAAGCAUUAAAAAUGGCGAUAGUUGCUGUCCCGCCUCUAGCUGCUGUGAUAAUUUUGUCGGUUAUGAUGAUGAAUCAAGCCAGCGUCUCCCUGAACCAAACGUCCAAUAUCAAUUCCUAUAUGGGAUUGGCGGCUAUGUUAAACCAACUCGUGGCUGUCUUGCAAAAAGAGAGAAGCAUUUUUGGGGAUUACGUAACACGAUAUGACGAUCUGGAGAGUGAUGACCCGGAUCGAGUGGCCAUGUAUCAACAAGUGCUCUUAUGUCAAAACCAAACGGAUACGAUUAUUGGCGAGAUGACGGGCGGCUGGGUUGGAAUAAUCUCCGUCGACAACCAACGAAUCUACAACGCCACCGAAUUUCAAAACCGACUGUCAGCGAUGAGACUCCGUAUCGAUAACUCAACAACUAUCGACGAGGUCUUGACCUACUACAACCCAUACAUCGAGAUUUUGAUGUACAACGCCGGAAGGACAUUUUACGACACGGACGAGGGCCGAUUUUGGGGUGCCUUUAAUGCGCUCAGGAUGGUGCAGAACGCCGGAGAGUUAUUUGAGACUAGUGGAGCAGCGGAUAAAUUUUUGAGAAAUGCAAAAAUGAUUCAUGCGGAGAUCGGGAGCUUUAUCGAAGCGCGUGAGGUGCGAGCGGAAUCCGUGAUGUCGAUCGUCGCGGAUAUGACGGACAAGAUCGUCAGUAAUUAUUCCGCAACUCCCAUCGAAGCGAGAGAUGCUGAAGUGCUUUGGUGGUUUGAUAAUAUGACAAUUUACUUGGAUUUGGUAAUUACGCCGACUGUCGACUACGUCAACAAAAAACUAACUGCCGGUAUCGACUCCGAUUUUGAAACUUCCUAUACUUUGCUAUACACCUCAAUUGCUGUAGUAUUCGUCAGCUUCCUCGUCUGUGCACCCGUCAUUGGAUACCUCAGCUAUCAGACAAAUCAGAUGAACAAGAGCAUACGUACGAAAAUGGUGGAGCUUCAGUUCGAAAAGGGGCGAAGUGAACAGCUUUUGUACUCUAUGCUGCCAAAAUCAAUUGCAAUGAGUUUGAAGCGUGGAGAAAUGGAAGUCGGCAAAAUGGUCGUCCCGCAUCGACCGACCGAGAAACUGCGGAUGCGAAUCGGUAUUAAUACAGGAGUUUGUGCAGCCGGAAUUGUCGGGCUCAAAAUGCCUAGAUAUUGCCUAUUUGGGGAUACGGUAAAUACCGCGUCAAGGAUGGAGUCGACUGGCAUUGCUAUGCGUAUUCAACUCAGCGACCACACCGUCAAGCAUCUCAAGCGUUAUUUCAGAAAGGAUUUUCAAUGGAAAGAACGAGGAAUGAUGGAAAUUAAGGGAAAAGGACAAAUGAUGACCUAUUGGCUGACCCAGAAAUAUGGAUUUAACUAUGAGGUUUACAUCCCGGAUGAAGAAAGCCCUGCUGCUCAGGUUUUUCCA